AUGGCGGGGCUUCGGAGCUUGUAUACACAUGAACCAGGCCUCGAGUCUAAUUUUGGCGUCGACUACGUGAUCCAUUACAAAGUCCCGACCUCAGAAAAAGCAGAAGCGGAAGCAGCCUUUGUCCAGCUCAUCGAAGCGCUGGCCAAUGUCGGCUUUGCUACCGAAGUUCGGAACGGCGGCGACGACUCGAUCCUCAUCUUUACCAAGAUCGUUUCCGACAAGCUCCUCGCUUCCCAAGCCUACCGAUAUCGAGUCCAAGACUGGCUUUACGGAGUUCGGACAGUAGCCCCCAGCAAGGAUCUGAACGAAUACUUCCGUAGCGAGCCUGUGUCGGAAGCCGAGAGGCUGAGGCUGGCUUAUCUGCUCAUAACUAAGUCCAAAAAUGAAGGCGGCGCCGGCGUAACGUCUAGGACCGGACAGUGGAAGUUUGUCGCAUCCAUCUUCCCACUCCACAAUCACGCCUUCAACAAGACUUGGAUCAAGCAGUGGAGCACAAAGUACUUCCUAGACGAUGGCGAUAUCGACCAGAUCCGCGACAAGUUUGGCGAAAAGGUCGCCUUCUAUUUUGCCUUCCUCCAGUCAUACUUCACCUUCCUGCUUUUCCCUGCGGCCUUCGGCCUUGGUGCGUGGCUCAUAUUAGGCAAGUUCUCGUGGCUCUAUGCUCUCGUGAACUCGCUAUGGUGCGUCAUCUUCUUCGAGCACUGGAAGGUGAAGGAGUUUGAUCUCUCUAUGCAGUGGUCGGUCCGUGGAGUCUCCAAGAUUCAACUCCCCCGAUCCAAGUUUCAGUUUGAGAGAGAAGCGCAGGACCCCGUUACAGGAGAGAUCGUCAGGGUCUACUCUCCAUUGAAGAGACUCUUGCGCCAACUUCUCCAAAUUCCUUUCGCGAUAGCCUGCAUCGUCGUCCUCGGGGGCUUGAUCGCUGCGUGCUUCGCCAUCGAGAUAUUUAUUUGCGAAGUAUACAGCGGGCCAUUCGGGCAGUAUUUGGCUUUCUUGCCGACUAUCAUUCUGACGGUCCUGAUGCCAACAUUCUCGACCCUUCUUACCGGGCUUGCCGAGAAGCUUACGCAUUUGGAGAAUUACGAAACCGAAGAUGCUCAUGAGGCUGCCUUCGUCCAAAAGCUCUUUGUGCUCAAUGUCAUUACUUCAUAUCUACCAAUAGCCCUGACCGCGUUCGUCUACGUACCGUUUGGAAAAGUUCUGGCUCCGUAUCUGGAUGUUUUCCAGCUCACCGCACAGCGAUUUACUGCAGAGGGCAAACCGCUACCAACCAAGAAAUUCGAGAUCAAUCCAGAUAGGCUUACCAAACAGGUCAUUUACUUUACCGUCACGGCGCAAAUUGUCAACUUCGCCCUCGAGAACAUCGUGCCGUAUGCCAAGCGCAAGGCUUUCCGGGCCGUCAAGGACGUCCAGACCGAGAUCGGUUCAAAGUCUGCAGCUUCCCCGCAGCCAAAGGACGAGCCGGAGGAGGCCGCAUUCCUGGCUAGGGUGCGGAACGAGGCUGAGCUUGAUGAGUACGAUGUGGCGAUCGACUACAGGGAGAUGGUCAUUCAAUUCGGAUAUCUGUCUCUAUUUUCGGUUGUUUGGCCUCUGACAGCAUGCUCCUUUCUCGUCAACAACUGGAUCGAGGCGAGAUCUGAUGCUAUGAAAAUCGCCAUGGGGAGCAAGCGCCCUAUUCCUUGGAGGGCGGACUCGAUUGGACCGUGGCUCAACGCGCUUGGAUUUCUAUCAUGGCUCGGUAGCAUUACCAGCGCGACUCUGCUGUACCUCUUCAAAGACAGGCAUGGGCCAGACGGAUCUCCAUGGAACAUUUGCGGCUGGGCUUUGCUGCUGUCCAUCAUCUUCGCCGAGCAUUUCUACCUAGUUAUCCAAUCCGUCGUCCGUCACGUCAUUGGGAGGAUGGAUAGACCUGGCCUGCAGAAGGAGCGAGGCGAACGAUUCGCCAUGAGGAAACAUUUGUUGGAAGAGACCCUCGGCCAGGAUCUCACUGACGAAGCCUCUGGUCCCGGACUAAGUGGAGGAGAGAAGAUCACCCGCGAGGUCCUCGAAGAAGAAGCGCGGCGUAACUCAAUCAAGGGCCACGACAGCCCUGAAGAAUUGUUCUGGCAGCGACAGCGUGGAGCGGCAGAGACUAUCCAGAUUGGACGAAGACUGAUGGCGGAAGUAGGCGGCGGUAAAUCAGACACAAACCGUGAGAAAUGA